AUGAAUCAAGGUGGCUCAUACCGUUACCAGCCUCUUCCAACACCCUCGGAGCAAGAACGUACGCCGCCUUUCACACGGCUGCUUCUCCUAAGGCCUGGGUCAGCUGAGGAUCCCUUUGAGGCACAUUUGGAACUCGUCAAUAUCGAACAGGCCCCUCCUUAUGAAGCCUUGUCCUACACCUGGGGGAAACCCACCGAUGAGUCUAGGGACUAUAUAUGGCUCGAGGGUCAUCCCUUACUCAUCAAGCCGAACCUCGAAGAUGCCUUACGCUCACUGAGACUGCCAAAUCUGUCUCGCCGUCUAUGGAUCGAUGCGCUGUGCAUCGAUCAGUCAAACCUGGACGAACGCGCUCGUCAAGUCCAGUACAUGCGGCUGGUCUAUAAGCACGCUACUCGCGUCAUCGUCUGGCUGGGCCUCAAGACGGUCGGAACCCAUGAAGCGUUCCUAGCGGCGGAGAGGUUAGCUAGAAUCAGAGAAUUCACAUUCCCGACAAAUGGCUUGACUAACGCCCCCUCUGACCCUGAUACUAUCCAAGCCGUGGUAAACAGCAUGGUUGAAGAUCUACCAGAAACCUGGCUAACACACCUGGAUGAGGUGUUCCAACGACCAUACUUUACCCGCUGCUGGUGUGUGCAAGAGGUCGUGGCCUCCACUUGGGCCAUCGCUAAGAUUGAAGAUGAGGAGGUGUCCUUCUUCGACUUGAUUGCUUCCAUGCUCAUGUAUAUUCAGGGCAAAGGGGAGAUUGCGUUUGACAAGCCGUGGGAAUUAUGGAGCAAGGUUUUGAUGGUCCGCCAGCCGAACAACGUGUCGAGCAACCCUGAAGUAGAAGGUUCGAUUGGCAAAUUUCUCGACACUUUGGACCUCACGCGGACACUGCAAGCGACCGACGACCGAGACAAAGUUUUCUCUCUCUUUGGAAUCUGUGAUGAGGGACUGAAUCCCGUACUGGCAUUUACACAGCUGUCGGGCAACAAUGCCAGCUGGAGUGUCCGGCUGCUUCGUCGAGGAUUAACUCGGAUCACUGAUUUUGUAAAUGAAUAUACGCCUGACCAGUCUUUUGGGAGACCGAAGGCGCUCAAGCCGGACUACAAGAGGGAAACGGUGAUGGUGUACAGCGAUUUGACGAGAUUCCUCUUGCGUAAGCAGCCGCGGUUUCUGGAUGUUCUCGAUCAUGUCGCGCAUGUCGAGGAACCAGGUGCCGGAGAGUGGCCAUCCUGGGUCCCCAAAUGGUUCGACAGGAGGACCUGCUUUGUCUUCAAAGGGGCCUACAUGGCCGGCUUCUGGAAGGGGCGUAAACCGUAUGUGGCGGAAUUAUAUGAUAUCCCCCUUCGAGAUGAGCCGGAAAGGCCGCGCGUACUAUCUGCGGGCGGUUACCGCUUCGAUGUCGUGCACAAAACAACCGAGGUGCUCGAGUUUCUGUCGGGGCGCGAGGCCGUAAUGGCUGCUGUCGCCAAGGGCUGGGCGACACUUUUUGACACGUUCAUCAUGCCCAGACGAGGGAUACAAUACCGCAACGGCGGUCUCCUCGAUGUAGCGUACUGCAAGGCCGUCUUGGCCGGCUUUCUGGGCGCAUCAGUAGGGCUUAGCUUCAUCUUGACGCAGCAGCACGGCGGGCUUAAUCCUCUUUUUGAUGUGAGCGUAGUCAAGCCUUUUGUGGGAAUCGAGGGAGCCUCGCGGGUGGAGGAUAUUGCCGCUACGUUCCUCGCCUUUCUUGCCCUGAUAAAAGAGUCUGGGGAUACACAAGCAACAUUCAACAACCCGGAGCUCGACAACAAGGUCACCAGUUUCUUAUCCGGUGUUACAACGUACGCUAACCACCGGCGCGCCUUCGUGACGCGGGAUGGACGUGUGGGACUUGGGCCUAAGAUGAUGCAACCCGGAGAUGAAGUCGUGGUACUCUUCGGCGGGCGUAUGCCGUUCAUUGUGCGACCAAGAGCAGAUCACUAUCUCUUGGUGGGAAGUUGCUACGUCAAUGAUGAGGAGCUGAUGUGGGGGAAGGUUACCGAUAAAAUGAAGCGGAACGAGGGCCCUCCAAAGGUAGUUUUUGAGUUCCAUUAG